GCAGACGACACUGAGUCACAGCCCGGGCGCAAACUGCGUGCGACGUUCUGCCGCGAGUCUAACGACGUUGCUGAACAAAGUGCUGAACAAAGCCUUCGACGAUCACAAGUGGGACAAAACUAUAGCACAUCUGCGGUUCGAGAGAUACUCAAUCCGAUUGGUGCGAUGUUCUGAUGUGGCUGCUGAAAACGUGCUGAAGAUUCCACUUCGACGCGUCCACCAGCUGCUGAGGACACCACUGAAGAAGGUUCGCUGUGGAAGCUAAAGAGGCUGCAUUAGUGGAGGAUUGGGAAUGAUUCUAUUAUCCAAUAAUAUAGAUACUGGAGUGAAAUUAGCGCAGACGAAUCAACUGUGCUAGCGUACACUCGCCAAGAAGCUACUGCCGGUGAUCUAGUUCGGUGCUACGCUUCUGUGCUGAAGAAGCGGAUGUAAAAGUGCUGAACGAGCUCAGCUGCGACCAAGUGUGAAUACAUAUAUGAGACACCUCAGGUUAAUUGGUGAAGGGGUGCGCAUCCUUGUGAUGCUAAAGUAGUGCUUGCCUGCUGAAGAGCUGCUGAAGAUCACCCUUCAAAACGACUCAAGUGCGCGUCACUACAGACCCUGCCGAGAUUUCCACGGUCACCUCCCUCAGAUAAGUGAUUCUGUGGAACACCGCCGCAAGCGCCGAAGUCAUGUCGGUGACUCAGCAGUUGAGCUGCUGAAGGUCAGCCAGCUGCUGAAGAUCACCUUUCAAUACGACUUGAGUGCGCAUCACUACAGACCCUGCCGAAAUUUCCACGAUUUCCCCACUCAGACAAGCGAUACGGCGGAACAUCGCAGCAAGUCAUGUUGGUGACUCAGCAGUUUCCGAGUUGCCGAAGACAUUGAUGUUCAAGGUGCUGGUGAAGCCGGUGUUGUUUCGUGAGCCUGUGGUUGUGAAGGUGUUUGUGUUCUGAACAACGCUGCUGCUUAAACGGAAGUUAUAUCCUUCGACCGACAUCAGCAAGUCAUCAUGCCUUCGUGGGGAUCGGGAUGCCUGCGGAGUUCGCAGAAACAUGCACGUGAAGAGGCAGAGUAUAGGCGUCGCCACGAGCCGCUCGAAGAUGUACCGUUGACCUUGACCAAGCGCCUCAGUUUCAUCAACGAGGAUAAGCGGGGAUCAUCCACAGUCGAGCUGCUCAAGAGGGAGGGUUCGACGCUGGGGCUCAUACUGUCUGGUGGCAUCGAUAAGGGAGCCCGUCCUAAAGUGGAGAGCCUCAGGCCCGGCAGCAUAGCCCACAGGUGUGAUGCCCUCGCUGUCGGCGACCACAUUGUUGCUGUCAACGGGAUACGCACGGGCAAGCUCAAGCACGACGAAAUCGUGAACCUGCUAAAGAAUGCCGGGGACAAAGUGGUGCUCGAUGUCGAGUACGAGAUUCCCAGCACGGCGGCCGAGACGUCCAUGUGUGUGUGCCCCAAGGUCAUCCAGGUCAAGCUGGAGAAAGACAACGGGAGCUUCGGUUUCCUGACCCGAGGCGGCGCCUGUCCAGAGAAGCUCAAGAGCCGGCCACUCACCAUCACCCACGUCAGGCCCGGCGGUCCCGCUGACAGGGAGGGAACCAUCAAGGCAGGCGACCGUCUGCUUGCCGUGGACAACGUCAACCUCAACAGCGCGUCCCUCAACGAGGCCAUGGCUGUGCUCAAGCAGGUUGACAAGCAGGCCCUCCUCACCAUAGAGUAUGAUGUGUCUGUCAUGGAUGCUGUGCGGAAUGCUUCCGGGCCGCUAUUGGUCGAGAUCGACAAGACGCCCGGAUCCCAGCUGGGUGCUACAUUGACCCAAGUGCCUCACGGUGAAGGCGCUAUUGUCUUCGACAGCAUCAAGCAGGCCAGCGUGGCAGAAAGGUGUGGCGCCCUGCACGUGGGCGACCAGCUGCUGGCCAUCGACGGCACCCAGGUGGACCAGAUGAGUCCCGCUGAGGCCACGCAGCUGCUCCGCAUGUCUGUCGGGGACAUCAUCCGCCUCGAGAUCCUUCCCAUCAGCCAAAUGGCGCUCCGGCGCUGGCCCAGCUCCUCGCACUCCAAAAGGGGAGGUGCGAUGCCUGCCCCGCCUCACGGCUACGCCUCCAACUACGACACGCUCUCGUCGGUGGGGGCCCACUCCAGCCGAUCCUGUGCCCAGCGCUACCCUCUCCCUCCCCUGCCCCCUCCUCCCCAUCACCCCCCUCUCACCCCUUCUUCCUCGAGGGUGAAUAGGGGACGCAAGCACCAGUCGCAAGAACACACCGCAAGUUCUUCAAACGCGUCCACAUCGUCUGUGUAUGGGACGGUCCCGGCCUGCCUGCCCCCCUCUGGCCAGCUGAGCCACACGGAGACCACGCAGGUGGCGGUCUGCGCAGACCACAAGGGCUUUGGCUUCACCCUGCAGGGAGACGUGCCGCCCUCGGCCCCGACCAUCGUCGGCAUCGACCCCAGGGGGCCGGCCGAAAGGACCGGCGUGAUCCAGAUCGGAGACCGGGUCAUUGCUGUGAACGGGCAGACGACCGAGGGCAUGUCUGCGGAGGAGGUCACCCAGAUGGUGCAGAGGUCGCGACCUCGCGUCGUGCUCGACAUUGACUUUGAUGUCGCCGAGUCGGUUGUUCCCAGCAGCGGCACCUUCACGGUCAAACUCGCCAAGAAGGGACCCGGUCUCGGCAUCACCAUAACAUCACCCAAGCACCGGCGCCCCGGGGAGCCUCUGCUCAUCUCGGAUAUCAAGCGGGGCAGCGUGGCGCACCGGACGGGCACCCUCCAGCCCGGGGACCACCUGCUGGCCAUCGACUGCGUCCGCAUGGACAACUGCACCAUCGAGGACGCGGCGCAGAUCCUGCAGGCCUCGGACGAAGUCGUCAAGCUCAGGAUUCGCAAGGACGACGCCUUUUGCGAAGAACCAGACGCGACGGGCGCCGUGGUCUUCACGGUGGAGCUGGCGAGGCACGGGGGGCCACUGGGCAUCACCAUCUCGGGCACCGAGGAGCCCUUCGACCCCAUCGUCAUCUCAGGCCUCACCGAGGGGGGCCUGGCCGAAAGGACGGGUGCCCUGCACGUGGGUGACCGGAUCCUGGCCAUCAACGGCCAGAGUCUGAGGGGAAAGCCGCUCAGCGAGGCCAUCCUCUCGCUGCAGAACUCGGGAGAUGUCGUCACCCUCAAGAUAUCCAAGUCACCCAUCAACCAGGGUCUAGACCCCACCAAGAUUGAACGACCAAAAGAGCCCGAGCCUAGCAGUUACCUCAGCAUGUAUGGCACACCCAUCCCCAGCGUCGAUAGCGCCGUGGAAUCCUGGGACAGCUAUGGCGGGCCAGAGGCCAUGGCGGCCCUCGCCAAUGGGACGGCUCCGACCAAGCCGACGUCCGCUGGCAUUGGCCAGCACGAAGCCGACAUCGCCGGCAUGGCCGCACCUCCUCCUCCGACGCAGCAGCCCAACAGCGGCACCUCGGCCGAACUCGCGUCCUGGGAGCGAGACGUGUGGGGUCACCGACGUCCCGCCAACCUCUCCUCUCCCCCCGGCCCCGCAAACCUGCCCGCUCCGCCCGCCGUAGGAAGCGGCCACUCCGCCGCCUCCGACAGCGGGUCCGCCGACUGGACCAAGGUCCUGGAGGACUUGGAGACGUGUGGGCAGUCCAAGCUCCUCCGGCAGAUAGAGCGGAGCAUCAUGGGCAGCUUGCCAUCCAUCGCUCCGCUGCCCAACCCGGAGCCCGGGGGCUUGCACUACGACGACCUGUACGGGUUCCAGACGCGGGGCGGGGGCCAGCAGUCCGAUGACACCACAUCCACCGAGUGCGAGUUCCAGGCAGCCGCGGCAGAGCGAGAGGCCAGAUACGCGGGGCGAGGGGAACAGGCGCCGCCCUUCACGCUGUCCCCCUACGAGGAGGAGGGCCGGCUGGAUGAGGGCGCUCUGACCCCCCUCCCUGGUUACCCCGAGCCGGCCCCGAUCCCCAUCGAGGUGCACCGGGUGACGCUCUUCAAGGACAAGGUCUACGAGGACUUCGGCUUCAGCGUUUCCGACGGCCUCUACGACAAGGGCGUGUAUGUCAACCGCGUCAGGCCGGGGGGCCCCGCUGACAUGAGCGGCAUCCUCAAGCCCUACGACCGUAUCCUACAGGUGAACGAGACAAGGACGCACGACUUUGACUGCUGCCUGACCGUCCCGCUGAUGGCUGCGGCCGGCGAUCGGGUGGAGCUCAUCGUGAGCCGCCCGGCCUACGUCAACGGCAGGGGGGCGUCCUCGCGGUCGAACUACGAGGGCGCCUCCUUCCACCCGUGGAUAGACGACAACGACCGGGAAGACUGUUCCUCGCCCCCCAACGGACCCCGGCCCAGCUCCCAAGUCCUCACCAAGACACUCUGAGCCAAGCCAAGCCGAGCCAAUACCGCCUAGAAGACGAGUCCCGCGCACAACAUCGUUGCUAGUGAAUGCCCGACCCGCGCCAAGUCGCGUCCUUCGUGGUGUCGCCGGCUGCUAGUGCUAGGUGGCGCUGUGUGGACCCACUAGUGAUGAUGUUUGGAUGGGAAAGGCCUUAUCUUCUAGGUACUUCUAAACCCUCCUAAAUACUGACAAGAACAGCCGGUUGUCUCUUUGCGAGAAAGAACUGUCCUCGCUACGGAUCUAUACUAGCCAGUUCCAGAGUCCUCACCAAGACCCUCCGAUCCGAGUUGAGCCACGUCCCGCCCCCCCCUCUCCUCCAAAAUGCUGGCGAGAUCAUCCAAUCGUCUCUUUGCGAGAAAGAACCGUCCUCGCUAGGAACCCCAACUCGCUUUAUUUACAACACUGCAUGGCUUGAAAAGUAAGUUUAACUGAUCCUAAGGAUCCCAGUGUCCACCCCCGAAAAGCUAGGGCGUCUGCUUUUCCGCAAAGCACUAUGGAGAGCCGAUCGAUGUGAUUUUCGAAAGGAGUUUGGCGGACAACGAGGCCAUGCUCGAUGUCACGGUGCAGGCUGUUUUUUUAAGCCUCGUCAUUCGCCGAGUGUCCUCCGUAGAUCGCAGCAAUUGGCCCUCCCAAAUGCUUUGCGGGAAAGUAGACGCUCCUGAUUUUCUAGAGUGUGCACCUCAUUACUGCGAAGCAAUCCCAGAUGAUUUAAUAUUAAUAACAGCAAAUUUUUGCUGUUAUUGACAUGGCUUCCGACACCCGGCCGUACGCAAGGCCUGUGGUGAGACAUCAAGGCCCGUUCACACACUUCGUUUGAUCACGACCGACGGAGGCGAGGCCGAUUCCUAGGCCUCUAGGGACUGGCUGCGCGACAAUGCAGCUAAUCGUGAGCUGUCGCAGGAGGCUUAGAAACCGGUUUCUUCUCGGUCGUAGUCAAGCGCGAGCGUGUACAGGCCUUUAAUGCAGACAUCGAAACGGAAGAAAUUUGGAACCUCUAGAAGACAGUUGCAGCUUGCACAUCACGAGCGCACUUGGAACAAAUUGUAGAGAGCAUCCGUCUUUAUGCCGGCUUUCCAAAUCGCCCACGAGUUCCCGUCUCUCUUUACCUUCCUAAAUGCUCGAACGUCCCUUUCCGACUCAACUGAUCAAACAAACUCACCGUAAUCGGACACUCGAGAGACGCAGUCUUGCAUGGUCUUUACGCCCAAUCAAAAGCACCCCAUCUCUGCGUCCCUAUCCAAGCAAACGUGUACAUAGUAGUUGAAAAAGCUUGAAACGCCGGAGAAGAUAGGACUGUCUACACCCACCCGAGACGCGCACGCCGCAAACCGUCUGCGGUUUCAAACGUACAAACCGAACUCUUGUCGUCGGCAUUUUUUUUACUUUUGCACUCGCCUCGUGCUUCUCCGUGGGGGAAGCGUAGACACCGACGAACAAACAUCUAAACUCAGAGUUUUCCAACUUUACGAGCGUUUCCGUUGGUGUUUUCGACCCGCUGAGGCUGCUUUGUGCAAUUGCCUUUUCUUGCGACCGAGUGCGUCACCACCUCUCUCAAGGUCUGUUACGAGUGGAUGCACUGGCGCAAUCUACGAGAUGGCCCCGCCUCGUAGAUAAUUGUGAGGUGUACCCACUACAUACGAGAAAUGGUCAGUUAUAAUGUUGUUAAAGAUUUUCGAACCAUUAAUAAAAAAACAAUGUGCAAAAAAAAAAAGGGGAAAUAUACAAAAAUUGUGACUGUUCCACGGCUACCCAACAAAUGGCAUCAGCGCUUACUCCCGUUGUAUAAGAGAUCACAAGAGGUUUUAACGUGCUCAGUGGUGAGCAGUCGCAAGUGUGGGAACCGGCCUUUAAACGUAUGGCAGGUCGUUCCUUUCCCUGUGGCGUUGUUGCGUUAGUCAUCAAAUGAGUCAACACUAGUCGAACGAUUGCCAUUUCUCGCCUUUGUAAAUAACUGGACGAAGACCCACCAAACAAGCGAUGAUGACGACAGCUCGAAACCGCCCCGGCAGUUGCCAACUGAUUGUCUCAAGUUCCUCGCUCGAGACAAUCUUUCUCAAAGUGCCUCUCUGUUCCUCAUUAGCGACGGAUCUUGUUCUGCAACAUUUGUUGUUGUGUUUUUUUUUAUUCUUUUCUGUACAAAGUUUGCCCUGGUUGUCUCUUUCUGAGUCUUUUUUGGAAAACGAUUAAAGGACUGACGUACCCCGUU